AUGUCCAAGUUCCUUCUUUGGACCGUCUCUGCGGCGGCCCUCGCGCGUGCCGCCACCCUCGAAGAGGUUUGCACUACGGCCUAUGCGAAGGCCGCCGUGCCCGUCUCCGGCCUGGUGCCGGGGGUGGUGACCAGCCCUUCCAGCGUCACGGCUGCCCCGGUCUACAAUGAAUCCACUGCCGGUUCCAACUACUACCCGGCCGGAACCUACGACUACUGCAACAUCACCAUGACCUACUCCCAUGCCGGCAAGGAUGACAGCGUCCUGCUACAGUUCUGGAUGCCCACUCCCGAUGACUUCCAGAACCGUUGGGUGUCCACUGGUGGUUUUGGUUUCGCCAUCAACGUCGCCUCCAACGUCCCCGCUGGUCUCCCGUACGGUGCCGUUGCCGGUCGUACCGACGGUGGCUUCGGCAGCUUCGACACCCAAUUUUCCUCGGUGUUCCCUCUUGUGAACGGCACGGCCAACUACGACGCUCUCUACAUGUUCGGCUACCAGGCCCAUCACGAGAUGUCCUCCAUCGGCAAGGCCUUCACCAAGAACUUCUACAGUAUGACUGACAAGCUCUAUGCCUACUACCAGGGAUGCUCCGAGGGUGGCCGUGAGGGCUGGAGUCAGGUGCAGCGCUUCCCCGAGGAAUGGGAUGGCGCCGUCAUCGGAGCCCCCGCGAUCCGCUAUGGCCAGCAGCAGGUCAACCACCUGGUGCCCCAGGUCGUCGAGCAGACGCUCGACUACUACCCCGAGAACUGUGCCUUCUCCGAGAUGGUGACCCUGAUCAUCGACGCGUGCGACGAGCUCGACGGCCGCAAGGAUGGCGUCAUCUCCCGCACUGACCUCUGCCAGCUCAACUUUGACCUCAACUCGACCAUCGGCAAGCCCUACUCCUGCGCCGCCAGCACCAGCAUGGGCGUCACCACCCCGGCCCAGAACGGCACCAUCACCGCAGAGGCUGUCAAGGUCGCCCAGACCAUCCUCGACGGUCUGAAGGACUCUGAGGGCCGCCAGGCCUACUUCUGGUACCGGAUCGGCUCGGAGUUCACCGACGCCGAGACCUCCUACGACUCGACCACGGGCACCUAUGGCAUUGAUAUCUCUGAGCUGGGUGGUGAGUGGGCGACCCACGGCCUCCAGCUCCUCGAUCUGGACAACCUCUCCAACCUGAACAACGUCACCUACGACACCCUCCGUGACUGGAUGCUGGAGGGUCUCCAGCGCUAUGAGGACGUCCUGCAGACCACCUGGCCCGAUCUGUCCCGCUUCCAGGCUGCCGGCGGUAAGGUCAUCCACUACCACGGUGAAUCCGACAACAGCAUCCCUCCCUCCUCUUCCAUCCGCUACUUCGAGUCCGUCCCCCUGAACGAAUUCUACCGUCUGUACCUGGUCCCCGGUGCCUCCCACUGCAACACCAACUCCCUGCAGCCCAACGGCCCCUACCCCCAGAACUCGCUGGGCGAUCUGAUGAACUGGGUCGAGAAGGGCGUGGACCCGGUGACUUUGAACGCGACGGUGCUGAGCGGUGACAACGAGGGAGAGAAGCAGCAGCUCUGCUCGUGGCCUCUGCGUCCGUUGUGGAAGAACAACGGCACGGUCAUGGACUGUGUGUAUGAUCAGAAGUCGAUUGAUACCUUCUUGUAUGAUCUGGAUGCGUAUGAAAUCCCCAUCUACUAG